UGCACUGAGAUAUGGCCUCUCUACAUUCCAGUUGGCGUUUUGGCAAAAAAAGAAGCAAAUUACAAUUACGCAUUAAUGUUUCACAAGAUCCCGAGGACUUUUACCGUUUAGAUCCAACGAAAUCGGCAGCUGAAAAUGCCUUUGACAUCUAUGCUAUGCUCUGCAUGGAGGAGACGCGGGACACGAAGCGUCUGUUUCUGCUCAAUGCUCUGGCCUCCCUAUGCUUGGCGGCCACCUCAGGAUCGCCGCACAACAAUAUACGUUUCAGCACUGAGGAGCUUCUUUACUGUCUAAGUGCCUCACUGGUGCACACAUUUACGCAGGUACGUGCCGCAGCGCUUCGUACCAUUCGAUAUACGCUGAGCACGCCAAAGGAUAUCAAGACGUUCAAUUCGCUGCAGUUGCAGCAUCUGCUAUGCCGUUCCAUUGAUCUGAUGCUAAAGAAUGACGAUGAGCGUGUGCAGGCGCUUAAGCUGGUGCGUAAAAUGCUGGCGAUAUCACCGGAAGACAUUAGUCCAGUGGUGGUCAGAUGCCUGGUAUCCUUGGCCGACAGCGGCAUCGAGGAGAGCGACAAUCUGCUGCGUGCCUGCCUAGCGACGCUUGCUGAAUUUGCUGUGCUUAAUCCGGCACUGCUCAUUGUAUGCGGUGGUGUUUCGUCUAUAACGCGGAAUGUGUUGGAAUGCCACAAUCCACGCAUUGCCGAAAGCCUCUGCGGGGUGCUGCUUUAUCUACUUGAAUGGCCGCAGACACGAAACAUUUGCGGCGUUCGACUCGACUGCUUAGCGGCCCCUUAUUGUGAUUUCACCUAUGGACUAGGCAUCAUGGAUAAAAACAAAGAUGCACGCGAGCUGCGCUAUACCAGCUGCCGACUGGCUUUACUUUCUGUGUUACGCAGCUGGACAGGCACGCUCGAAUUCUGUGAUCCAAGCAAACCUUCAGGCUUAAAAGCAAUAGUUGACGCUUUAUAUUUAAAUCAAAUUGAAGUUCGAAAAGCAAUUUUGGAUUUGCUUUACGAGCUCUUGUCGGUGCCGCAACCUGGCUGGACUGAUGAUUAUGAUGUUGCGUUGCAAACAGUUGAUCCGUCAGAUUUCCAGGACUCUUGGCUGCUGAGCAACGGCUUUGUGUCCGCUGAGGGACGAUCUAUAUUACCAAGUUUGGCAGCGCGUGCGCCGAAUGUGGUUGAACAGCAUUUAGCGCUGUUGCUCUACUGCUUCCUAGAGACGGGACUGCUCAAUGCGCUGGUCGAGGUGGCCGUUGCCCCCGAUCAGUUUGUGUCGGUGCGCGCCACGGUGUUAAUUGCGAAAAUCCUGCAACUGAUGCACACACAUCUGCCUGCGGAUAUAUUCAGCACAAGUCCAGCGCUGCCAACGCUCGUUGGACAUGCCACGCAAGGUAAUCAGCAGGCAAAUGCCGCUGUCGCCGCGUUGCAAAACUAUCAGAAGAUGCUGCGGCAAAGGCCGGCAUCGUGCAGCUUAUUCCUUGAUAGCAUUAUACAGGGUGGUGCGCUCAUACAGACGCGCCUCUUUCGACGUAAUAUCAAUGCACAGGAUCAAAGCAGUGCCUUGCAGCUGCAGGACACAGCUGGUGCGGCAGCUGCUGCCGUGGCCGUUGCAUCCUCAUCGUUUACAGCUGGUUAUAGAGGCGCGGCUACGCUCGAUAGACAGCGGUUGGACUCGGUGUCAUCUAGCGAUGAGUCCAAUUCGCAGGCAUCGAGUUCUCUACGUUCGAGUUUUAGACUGAAGCGUAAGUUUCUGCCGCAGGUGUUCAACCUCGACAAUUUGCGUGCCUUAAAUCGACUUCUGCACGAGUCCCAUGUGCUGGCACAGGCGGAUGCGAAUGCCUGGGACUGGGAGGUGAUCAUCACUAUACUGAGAUCGAAUUUUAUACGCAAACUGGACUAUACGCCGGGCAAAUUCCUAAAUAAAUUCCUAAAGCGCUUAGUGGACUUCUACAAGCCGAGUAACAAUAGCUUUUCACAUCAAGAUCUUGUGCCAGGUCAAUCAAUGCCAUCGUAUGUGGGUGCUGGCCUCGACCUGAUUGAUGUGCUGCUUAAUAGCAGUGAGCUGGAGUGUAUGCGCUAUAUAACGGACUAUUUUUCUGAUGUCAGCCAACAUCUGCUGGCAGUGACCACCUCAAGUCGAGCCCACGACUGUCUGUUUAGUCCACAGCAUAUGAACAACACAAUGUGCCAGCAAUAUUUUCUGUACAUUGGGCGCAUGUGUCGCAGCAUUAAAGGCAUUGAAGUGCUUAAAAAUACAACCGUAUUUGAAUAUCUAAUUACUCUGGUGCGGCAUACUGAUCAUGUUUGCUAUGUAAAGCUGAUUGUCUCUGGGCUGAACUACCAUGAGAAGCUACCGCGGCAGGUGCUUGAAAAGGCGCUUACGCUCGCCAAGACGCGUAGUGGUAGACUGUAUGCCACACAGUUUCUGGCCGUAUUGCUGCGCGCCCGUUUGCCCAACUUUGAAGUUUGGGGCUUACCACUGAUCAUACAGCAGACCAAGGAUGCGGAUCGCAGUGUUGUACUGGCCGCAAUGGAUGUGCUCGAGGAGGCAUGCCAUGACAAAUACUAUCUGGAGGAGAUUGUUAGUCUCUGGCCCAAUCUAAAACAAUUGGGCGAUGUGGGUCGAUUGGUUAUGGCUCGUUUCUAUUCGCUAUCGCGCGGGUUGAACAGCAGCAAAGCGCACAUCGAGGAAGAAAUCAAGUAUUGGCGCACUGGCUACAACAAGCGCUACGUCCUGCUCGUCGAGGCAGAGACGCACUCCUGUCUAACGUUGCAUGUACGCAACGAAGAUGGCUACUACUCCAGGCGCAAUUGCAACCAGAGAGCACAAUUAGUCCCGCCUAAUAUAGCGCCUCAUCUCUAUGGCCAGAUGGUGCAGACCACCCAAGGCAUGACGGCGCUUCGAAAAUAUGCCGAUUUGCCACAAGUGCUUGAGGUGCUAACGCGUGGCAAAUGCAACGACGAUGCCGAAUGCCUUGAACUAAAAGCGGCUAUAUGGGCUCUAAGUCAUACUUCAACGCAUUCAAAUGGCAUCGAUUACUUUGUGGAAAUAGGAGCCAGGCUCUAUGAAAAACUUAUACUCCUCGUCACUAAAUGUGAGGUGUAUUCGGUGCGUGCCACUUGCUUUAGUGCAUUGGGUCUAAUUGCUGGAACUCAGGCAGGCGCCAAUUUGCUUUUCAAGCUAAAUUGGCUCAGCGUGCGCCACGAUCGGAACACAAUGUGGCCCGUUCAUCAGCCAGAGGACUGGAUGUCCAGUCAAUAUACUCCGGUGCGGCAUCACUAUGAGGAUAUGCCGCCGUACAACUAUAUGGGAAUUGAGGAUCAAAUCGAUGCUUCCUAUGAUGCUGGCAGCUGUUGGAAUUUACAGGAUGCCAAUACUACAACAACAACGACUACAGACAGCGCCCGGACCACGGUUGAAGAACUGCAGUUCACUCGACCGCUCAACAUUAGCGGAGUCGCAGCCAAAUCCAAAACUCUACCGGAAGGCAGCAAUGUGCGCCAAGGUAAACAUCAACGCUCACUGUCCGAAUCGAAGACAACGGAUGUAUUCAGCCUCAUAGGCGGUGGUUCUAGUGCGCCAGGUGUUGGUUUCUGUCCCAUGCACUAUCAGCAUCGAAUACGCUACAAUUCGUGCACCGACUCAAAUACGUCGGGCGUCAGCAGCUGUGAGUCGGUUACAGGCAGAACGGCAGCUGCAGCCGCUGCUGCUGGUGUUAUCAACGUGGGUGACUUUCAGCAGUUUCCACUGAGUCCCAUACAAAGUAUGUCCAAUCUGCAAGAGAUGCCGGCUUAUCACGCCGCCAAACUGCUGCGUCGAACUUCCUUGUUGGGCACCAGUUUCCUGCAGCCCGCACUUAGUCCUAUGGCUAUGGAGGGAUAUGCAAAACUGCGUUCUCUGCGCGCUCGCAGUCGUCCGGUGUUCUCAGAGUCAGCUGCGGAACUCUACGACUUCAUAGACAUUGUGGAUCGUGGUGAGAUGCAACCACGGAAAUACUCCUGGGGCGAAUCCAACCGACGGAUUAAGGUUCGCAGCUUGGAUCGACAAACGAUGCUUAACGUAUUCACACGUCUCUCGUCGGAGGAACUGCAGGUGCCUUUGCCUUCGUUAAAUACGCCCAAGUUUCUGCCGCAGAAUGACCUGCAAGGACCGUGCUACACGGGCAUCUGCUUGCCCAAGAAUGCGCUCGAUUUGUUUCCGUCGCGCAAUCUAAGCCGUACUUAUGUCUCAUGUGAUAUCAUUGAUCAGGACUUAAUGGGUGUCAAUUUGCUGGGCGCGCGGCCACAGUUUUUAACGUGUCUCAACGAUUCCAUCAAUAAUGAGGGCGGUGAUGAGUCCUCGGUAAUAUCAUCGCUAUCCGAUGUCUCAUCAUCGGCUAGUCGACGGCCAUGCAAAUGGCAGCAGGGCGCCAAACAUGCGCGCAGCCAAUGCCUUUAUUGUACGCGCUCGCGCCGUCAACAACGGCUGCAGCCGCAGGCCCAGGCCCAGGACGCCAACAGCAGCAAUAGCAUGGGCGCCACGAUUGCUCCAUGCGAACUAUAUAGCAGUGCAUCCGCGACUCUUGUUGCUGCUGGCAUGCAGGCCGGGCCAGCGCUGGCUCGCAAGAGUACUGGAAAAUCGGGCGGUGCCACUACGAUACAGCUAGCGGAUAUGAGCUUUCACUCGCCCGAAAGCAUAUUGAGUGAAGAGAGCCUGCCGGAUAAGUUGACCGCGUCCAUUCUCUACAAUGUGCAACGCAUGGCCAAUCCUGUUAGCGCGAAGCAGUCGAAAAUGGCAUUGCUCGAGCUUAAACAGAAACAUCCGCAUGCCUUUCAAGACAUUUGCUUAUAUUCGGAGUCGUGCAAGACGCUUGGCCGCAGUAGCUAUCGCAUGAGUGCGCGACGCUUUCUGCAGGAGCUCUUUCUAGAUUUGAAGUUUGAUGCUUUCUACGUGGAGCCGCAGCUUAUUAUCACGGCUCGGAAGCAGCCAGCUGACGACCCAGUUGGAUCCCUAUCUUCUGUUGCAGUAACAGCAAUUCCUUCAAAUGCAACUUUGUUAUCGCAUAAAGCACAGCUGAAGCCAAAGCAGACGGCUCAACUAGCGAGCGUGUAUGAGACUAGUUGGGAAAAUCUAUUGAUGGACCAAUCGCCGCGUAUUGGCGCCAACAAGACAACUUAUUCCGGAUUGCAACAUCGGACAACCCCGGCGACACCCCGCAAUGAGCUGCACAUUGACGAUGCGACCGAGGAUGCUAUGAACAGCGAUGAUGAUGCUGGCGAAGAUGUCUGUGAUGGAACCGUUGACGAUACACAGGUCGGCAGUGUAACCGCGGCAAAUCCUUCCCGCCCUGCCCUUCAAAAUUCUAAGUGUUGCAGCAGUGGUACGAUAAGUCAAAAGCUGGAACCGCCACCGCUGACGCUGACGAUGCCAACAACGACGACGACAACGACCUUAUCAUCAUCAGCUGCAACCACUCCGACAACUCCGAAUAUUGAGAACGAGAAUCGUCAGUAUACGCGCGGACGUUUCUAUACGCUGGAGCUGGAUCUGAGCUGUACGAAGAAUAAAUUUCCAAUCACGAAUCGCAAUCGAAUGACAGCCGUAAAGACGGACCAGGGAUCAGUGCUGAGGUCAAUGAUGGCACGGCAAAUAAGCUUGGAUGACGCCACACUCUUCUACCCCUCAAUGACCAAAAGCUUGGCGGCAUCUGUAGCAAAGCCUGUGGGUAGUCUUUACUGUGAGAAGCGUCUGCAGAGCUCCAAAUCGGAGGCUGUGCUGGAUAGUGGUGGAGGUAGGGGCGGUAGAGGGGCCUGCAACGUACCCAAUGAUACCAUCAAGUGGACGCCACCCAAACGGUGUUAGAUGGUAAACUGAUCCCGAUCCAUAUCCAGAUCAAACAAACAGCAUCAAUGCCCGCCCUGCAAGUAACUAGACUUUUCUUUAAUGGAUUAAGUUCUUUUAGCUAACGCGAUAAGUUGUCCAAGGUUUAUAUUUUUUUAAAUUCGCUGAGCGAUUUAUGUAAGUUGUGCAUAUAUAAUAUAUACAUAUAUAUGUACAAUCACAAGGAAAAGUAGAGGCAGAAGAGAAUACACACAUCUAAAUAUACAUAAACCCAUUAUAAUAAUUAAAUAAUAUUAUAUGAAAAGUAACUAUUUUCUGUAGAUUUUACAAUUACAAUUAAUAUUAUUGAUAAAUAUUUUCUUUAAAUAAAAUUCAUUACCGUUAA